AAUUUUUUCAGGCACUAUGGACUGUGACAUAGCCUCGUAUCAUGUCGAAUCAUUCAAUUAUCUGGUAGAGGAGGGUGUUCAUCUUGCCGCGCAGUCAGUGCCGAAGGAAAAGUUCCGGUUACCUUCUGGAGAAGCUGUUGAGUUGAGCUAUACCGGUGCAUCGUUGGCGAUGCCCACACUUGAAGGCGGGUCAAACAAGCUAUCAGUCAUUGAUCAGUUGCGAGUUCUACCUUCCGAAUGCCGACAAAGAGGUAUAACUUAUGCUGGAAACUUGAAAGUAGGAAUAGAGAUCAGAAUAAACGGCCAACGCGUUGAUGUCGUAGAAACAAUACUCGGUCGAGUGCCAGUCAUGUUAAGAUCGAGCGCUUGCCACCUGAGUAAGAUGAGUAAGCAAGAGCUGAUAAAAGCUGGUGAAGAGGGCACUGAAAAAGGAGGAUAUUUUAUUUGUAAAGGUAGUGAAAAGGUUAUCCGUCUUUUGGUCGCAAAUCGACGGAAUUUCCCGAUCGCGUUGCAUAGGAAAACAUUUCGCGAGAAGGGACUUCUGUUCACUGAGUAUGGCGUUAUGAUGAGAUGUGUGAAGGAUAAUCAUACUGCCGUAAUGAUGACGAUCCACUAUCUGGAAUCAGGAACGAUACAAAUAGCUUUACAGUAUCGUCGUGAAAUCUUCUAUCUUCCCUUUAUUUAUAUCUUAAAAGCUUUUGUAGACAAGAAUGAUGCUUUGAUUGCAGCUGAAAUGAAAAGAGGAAGGAAAAAUGAUACGUUUUUCUCAUCUUGUGUGACAAAUAUGUUGUCACAAUGCCAAGACGAAGGUGUACUACACAGAGAAGCUGCUCUAAGAGCUAUUGGAACACGAUUUCGGGUUGCCGUAGCCGAUCGGAUAGCGCCAUGGGAGGAUGAUGAGGAAGCUGGGCGAUUCAUCAUCAACUCUUGUGUAGCUGUUCAUAUCGAUGAUUGGGAGGAAAAGUUUUAUCUACUUAUUUAUAUGGCGCAAAAGCUCUUCGCACUUGUGAAGGGCGAAUGCGCUCCAGAAACUCCUGACAAUCCCCAGUUCCAAGAAGCUGCUGUAUCCGGUCACAUAAUCCUGCUAAUCAUACGUGAACGUAUGGAAAAUAUUCUUGGUAUGGUCAGACGUAAGCUGGAAUUCAAUGCGAAAAGAAAGAAAGACACAUUCGCUGUCACUUCAAAUGAAGUUGUUCGUGCUCUUGGUAGCCAUCAAAAUGGUGAGAUCACUAGGGGCCUGGAAUACUUUCUCGCUACGGGUAAUUUGAUUACGAAAAUAGGAUUAUCUCUACAGCAGGAUACGGGAUUCUCCGUCAUAGCUGAGAGAAUCAAUCAGUUGAGAUUUGUGUCUCAUUUCCGUGCCAUUCACAGAGGAGCUUUCUUCAUGGAAAUGAGAACAACCGAUGUUCGCAAGCUGCGACCAGAGGCUUGGGGUUUCAUUUGUCCGGUACAUACUCCUGAUGGAGCACCCUGUGGUCUUCUGAAUCAUGUCACAGCAUCAUGUCGCAUUGUGACCCAUUACUCCGAUACUCGAGAGCUACCAGCUUUGCUUGCAGACCUUGGAAUGCUUUCUCACAAGUCCGUAGUGUUUGCCUCGGACAAAGAGGAGUAUUAUCCGGUCGUGCUUGAUGGCCGAUUUCUGGGCUACAUACCUAUAAGGAAAGCAGCAUCGAUAGAGCGACAGUUGCGAUGCAUCAAAACCGAUGUAAAUGACAACAGAGUGCCUUGUUUGGCGGAGAUAGCUUUGAUCCGUCGAUCGUUGGAUAUGAAAAAUAUCCAAACGCAGUAUCCUGGUUUAUAUAUACUUACCGAUCCUGCUCGUCUGAUAAGACCUGUGCGAAAUCUACUGACUGACGCUGUGGAGUACAUUGGCACCUUCGAGCAGGUUUACCUGUCCAUAGUGAUAGAUCCAGAUGAAGCAGAGCCAGGGGUGACUUUUCAUCAAGAACUUCAUCCUAGUUGUUUGUUCUCCUUUGCUGGCAACCUCAUACCGUUCCCAGAUCACAAUCAAUCUCCCAGGAAUGUUUAUCAAUGUCAAAUGGGUAAGCAGACUAUGGGAACUGCAGUGCAUGCGUGGCAUACAAGAGCUGAUAAUAAAAUGUACAGGCUACAGUUUCCGCAAAGCCCGCUAUUGAAGUUGGAAGCAUAUGAACGUUAUGAAAUGGACGAGUACCCUCUAGGAACCAAUGCUUGUGUAGCUGUGAUCUCUUAUACAGGUUACGAUAUGGAAGAUGCUAUGGUGAUCAACAGAGCAUCAUUUCAACGAGGUUUUGCUCAUGGGACUGUGAUCAAGGUGGAAAGGAUAAAUUUGGUUACAAUGACUGAAAAGAAAACAAUGUUUCGCAUGGAUCCUAAGCAACCGUACAGUACAGUUGGAUGUGACGGUCUUCCAAUUCCAGGGCGUCGGUAUAUGCUUGGAGAUGUCUACUAUGUCACCUAUAACCAAGACACUGGAUUACAUCAGGCAUACAAGUUCCACUAUGCCGAAGCAGCUUACUGCGGUAUCGUUCGUCUCGUUCAUCAAGAAGGAGCAGAUGAGGCUGCUAGGCAUGCCCUGAUACAAUGGCGAAUUGAAAGGAAUCCUAUUAUUGGUGACAAGUUUGCUUCACGCCAUGGCCAGAAAGGGAUCAACUCGUUUCUGUGGCCUGUUGAAAAUAUGCCGUUUAGUGAAAGUGGAAUGGUUCCAGAUAUCAUUUUCAACCCUCAUGGUUUUCCUAGUCGGAUGACUAUAGGUAUGAUGAUCGAGAGCAUGGCAGGAAAAGCUGCAGCGAUGCAUGGCGAAGUGUAUGAUGCUUCUCCCUUUGUUUUCAACGAAAAGCAUACCGCUAUCAGCCAUUUCGGUGAACUGUUGUCUAAAGCCGGUUAUAAUUAUCUUGGAAAUGAGACAUUUUACUCUGGAGUAGAUGGUCGGCAAAUGGAGGUGCAAAUCUUCUUCGGGAUAGUCUACUACCAGAGGCUAAGGCAUAUGAUCGCAGAUAAAUUCCAGGUGCGGGCAACUGGUCCUAUAGACCCCAUAACCCAUCAACCAGUCAAGGGUCGUAAGAAAGGUGGUGGCAUUCGAUUUGGAGAAAUGGAGAGAGAUGCGAUUAUUGCUCAUGGAACCGCUUUUGUGCUGCAGGAUCGAUUACUCAAUUGUUCUGAUCGAGAUGUGGCAUAUGCUUGUCGACGAUGUGGUUCGUUGUUGUCGGUCUUGAUGAGCACUAAAACUAUGGCCGUAAGGCAGCGAAAGGGAACAAAUGCUACCACUGACUACACUGAAAGACAAAUAUGCCGAAAUUGUGGCAAAGAGGAUCAAGUGUACUUAGUGCAGGUACCAAGAGUGUUUCGUUAUCUAACAGCUGAACUGGCAGCAAUGAACAUAAAAAUUCACCUAGGGAUAAAAGAUAGUUCCGAAAUUAUAAGAGCAUGAAGAAUAGUUGUUGAAUAGAUGUUGAUAAUUUCCAUAGCUGUAUCAUGUAUAGGCGUUCUUACAACGCAUGCCAAGUUGUUAUUGUUACUGUUGCAAGUUGCUUGUGUAUUUGAUUGUUGAGUUUGUUGUUAUGAACACUUUUUCAUGGUAUGUACCACCGAAUCAGAACUAACCAAAACGAUUACUUUUCUAUAAAUUGU